AAUGACACUCAUAAUCUCUCUCUGUCUAUCUAUUCCUUUUAUUGGGUUAGGAAUUACAAAAUUCUUCAAAGAAUUAAUGAUACUAACUUGCUUACAAAGUAAUAAGCAUACACGAGAUUUGCAAUAUAAGCCCUACCAAAAUCCCCACUUUGCCAUCAUUUCAUUCACUCACACACGCAUAAAUAUAGCAUUACAUAUUAAUACCAUAAACAUACAUAUAUUGAACAUACAUUUUCGAGGGAAGGAGAUGAAAGAUCGGAUGGAGCGGUUUGUGAUAUUGCCGUUUUCGUUGGGGUGUUCAACGCAAUCCAGCGUCGCCGUGGUCACCACUUCCACUAGUCACCAACACAAGAAACCAAACCUACUCAUUAAAAGAAGAGAAGAAAGUGAUGAAAUUGGCCGACUUAAUAAAGAAUACACAGAGAUGGACAACAUCACCAACAACAACAACAUUGCUAAUACCUCAGAUGGAAGAGUACUAGAAACUAAUGAAAAUGGCUCAUUCAAAAAAGAAUACACAAAGAUGGACAACGGUGCAAAUAUCUCAGAUGGCAUCUACAGAAUUAUCCGGAGCUUGAAAAGCUUCUCUCACUUUUUCAUUCGUUACGAAGAAGAGACGAAAGAGAGAGAUGCGGAGAUGGAGAUAGGGUUUCCGACGGACGUAAAGCACUUGAGCCACAUCGGAGUAGAUGGAACCAUGACCACUUUUGACAACUCCUCCUCCUCCUCUCCUUUUCCUUUCGCCGGUUUCCAUCUCACGUCCGCCGUCUGAUCUUUUUUUUUUUGGCAUCUUUUGACUAAUAAAUCAAUGACAUAUAAUUUUCGUACACAAACAUAUCAUUCAAAUAGUUUCGUAGUUGUAAGAUCUUCGUAUUCGCGGUUGCAAGUAAAUAAUAGACCUCAAACUCUAAAAUCCACUAAUUAAAAUGACUCCAUCAAUCGUCUCA